ACACAGGGGCGGACUGACAACUCAUGGGGCCCCCGGGCAAUAGGGGAUCAUGCAGCCUCUGUGUCCUUGCCCAAACUCAAAAAAGCCUAUGAAAAAGGUACCAGGGGCAUCUCAUGGGGCCCCCUACUGACCCUGGGCCCUCGGGCAGUGCCCGAGUUUCCAAAUGGUCAGUCCCCCCCUGUGGACACAAUCCCACAAUCAUUGGUGAAAUGCUGGAGCAGCUUCACAUACUACUACACAAUCCUUCCUGCUCACAGCACUGGACUUUACAUAGGACAUGAUCAUCAACACAUACAAAAAACGAAACUUUUAUUUUAUUUUUUUUUU